AUGGUGGUUCAGUUGGGAAGAAGUUUCCGUCAGCGCUUCCCCUGGAUGCAGCGGCAAGACCGCGUGGGGUUCUACGGCAAAAACAGCGCCCGCAUACAGCUCUACUCGCUCGCCAUGCAAUCGCAAGAUCAAGUCUGCGUUCCGAUUUACGAUAUUCUGAGCAGUGACGCAGUGGAGUACAUAACAUCGCACGCAGAAGUGAAAGUCCUCGCCGUUACCGAGGAGAAGCUUCCUCAUCUUCAGUCCGUUUUCCAGAAGGACACGCCCAUCAAAGCGAUUGUUCUGCUCGACGUGCCUCGUGAAAGUCCUGUUCUUCUCGAGUUUUCGCACGCCCUCCCCUCCACCGUGGAGAUCAUCCAUUUCGACGAUCUCCUCUCCGUCCCUGCGCAAUCGCCCGUCGUUCCCUCCGACGACGACUGGCUUCCUUCCGGCGAGUCUCUGGAGUACAUCCUCUACACGAGCGGCACGACGGGCACGCCGAAAGGCGUGAUGAUCAAGCACGCGUCGAUGCUGACCGUCUCCGCCAGCUUCAUCCACAACAUUCUCAUCAACAACUGGAUCGUCAGCAACGAGGACGGCGUGUUCUCCUACCUCCCGCUCGCGCACGGCUACGAGACGGCCGUCGAGCUGGCGCUGAUGAUCGUGGGAGCUCGCAUCGCGUACUAUUCGGGAUCGCUCCGCAACUUGCUCUCCGAUUUGCAGGCCGCCAAACCGACGCUGUUUAUCGCGGUGCCGCGCGUGCUGCAGCGCGUGCAGCAGGAGAUCCUGAAGAACUUCGCGAGUCGUGGCUGGCUCGCGCGCAAAGUCAUUAGUCAUUGUUUGUGGAACCAAACGUUGGAGUGGAGAAAGGGGAAGCGCUGCCGUUCGUACGAUUUCCUCGUGUUUGACAAGGUCAAAAAGAUGUUUGGCGGGAAGCUGCGCUGUCUCGCUUCGGGAGCAGCGCCGCUCUCGGGAGAACUGAGCGAAUUCUUGCAGGUGUGUCUGGGAAUCCCCAUCUUGGAGGGAUACGGACUCACAGAGACGGGAGCCGCGUGCGCCGUCACGCUCAACAAUGGCGAAAUCGUGUAUUACACGGUGGGAUCCCCUCUUUUUGGACAUGAGAUCCGGUUGGAGUCGAUUCCCGAAAUGGGAUACACGACAGAAGACGAGCCGCAUCCUCGAGGCGAGGUGCUGGUUCGAGGUCCCUCGAUGUUUGUUGGAUAUUACAAGAACCCGGAGCUGACACAGAAUGUGGUCGAUGCUGAUGGCUGGUUCCACACGGGAGAUAUUGGGCAGUUUAACGAGGAUGGAAGUUUGUCGAUUAUUGAUCGAAAGAAGAGCAUGCUGAAGCUCUCUCAGGGAGAGUAUGUGGCAGUGGAGGCUGUGGAAUCGACGUUCUCGGAGUGCAGCUUGUUGUCGCAGAUUUUCGUGUAUGGAAACAGCUAUGAAAACUGUUUGGUUGCGAUUGCUGCGCCCAAUCCGAGUGAAAUCAUUUCCCUGGCUCGGUCCUUGGGACUGGAGGUGAAAUCGAUGGGAGAGGAAGGCUGGAAGGAGAGCUUAGUGAACGUGUGUUUGAAUAAGCAGUUGGUGAACAAAGUGAUGGAAACUGUGAACCAGUUUGGAAGGAGAAUGGGGCUGCAUGGGUUUGAGAUGAUUAAGGGGUUGUAUCUGGAUGGACACAUCGAAGGGGCGAUGGACCAGAUCUUCACGAUGGAGAAUGGGUCCAUGACUCCAACAUUCAAGCUGAAGAGACAGCAGUGUUACAAUCGUUACAAACAAACAAUCAAAGAGAUGUACGAUGCGAUUCAUCAGGAGGCUAUUGCACAUUAG